AUGUCUCACGGGGCCGGGCUCGUCCGCACCACGGCCGGCGGAGGCGGAGGCGGAGGCGGGGACGGCGCCCCCCCGCCCCCGGCCGCCUUCGAGGGACCGGACCUGGGCUACACCCGCUCCUCUUCGGCCAUGCUCAAGAUCGGCCAGAUGGUCACCUUGCUGAUUGGUUUCAUAUGUGUGAGGAGCUCACCAUGGACGGAGUACAGUACAUACGGUUACUAUGAAGUGGUCACCAUAUGCGACUUGCUGAUGAUUCUUAUCUUCUACCUGGUCCAUGUUUUCCGAAUUUACAAAAUGCUGACCUGCAUCAGCUGGCCCCUUGCGGAAUAUCUUCAUUAUUUAAUCGGUACGAUCCUCCUUCUGAUUGCGUCCUUCCUGGCAGCUUUGAAGAGUCACAACAUAAGCGGACUUGUAGCCGGAGCGGUCUUUGGCUUCAUUGCUACCUUUCUCUGCACUAUGAGCAUAUGGUUUUCCUACAAGAUCUCCUGCAUUACCCAGGCAACAGAUGCAGCUGCCUGACCAGAUCCUCACCUCAGGAUACUCAAGCCCACUGAGGGAAAGCCACCUGGCCCAGAAGGGGACACGUACCUGAUGGGCUGACUCACCUGGACGGGGAGGUCCCUCUGAAGACCAGCUGGAGAUGCGAAACGAAGAGGCUUUUUUACCAAAGAUAGUGGAGCGAAAAUACUCUAAGCUGAUCAGAAUCUCUCUACAUUCCUUGAUCUUCACAGAGACUUGCCAAGAUUCUCCCGGGAUGCCACUGGUCUCCCGCUCACCUCUUGCCCACAACCACCAUCUCCAUCCCAACACAUCAGUCAUCUCUGGACAGAGGACUCGAUAGCUGCUUGUAUUGCUUCCGCCUUUUGCCACCUCUGCCUAAUUGCAGGACAGUUGCUCAGGGAGCUAGAAGAGGAGAUGCAGGAUUUGUCGGGGGCUUUCCUUAAAAGUGCCUGUGCAGACUGUACUGUCUUCUGCCCCUGUGGUGGAAGGAGAGGUGGGUUGCUUCUGGUUCUUCUUGGGCCACACCCGAAUUGCACAUGGAAAUUGUCAGUGGGCUGCAUGGGUGGAUGCAUAUUGCCAAUAUGGACUUCCCAAGCACUUAGUACAGUGCUCUGCACACAGUAAGCGCUCAAUAAAUACGAAUGAAUGAAUGAAUAAAUGAAUGAGAAAAAUGAAGAGGCAAGAAGUGCAUUCCAGUUGGGUCGGCAAAUGCUGCUUUCAUCCUCAACUUGGCCAUAUGUCCAUCGCAUUCGGUUCUGAGUCCAGCUGUGGAGAUCAGCCGUCCAUUCUUCUCUUCCACAGCCUUUAUCUCCCAUCUUUUCCUCUUGCUCACUUCCAGAUAUUUGCCCGACCUCAUCUUUGCUUUUUAGUAUUUGAUAUUUGGGGUGUUUUUUCCUGCGAAAGUAAAACAUUUCAGCAUGCAACAACAGCCUGCAGUGGCAGAAUGACAUUUCUCAGCUCUACCUUGAACCAACCUGAGCGGAGCCUUCUGUUCACUAUCCUGGAUUUCAAUGCUUUGCCAGUUUGAUGAAGUGAAAAUGGGAAGACUACCAUUCUCGUAAAUGUUGCUCAUGUUUCCCAAUUGUUGUUGGAAACUGUUUUGUAAUUAAUAGAGGUUAUUCAGUUGUGCCUUAAACAUCGUAGUCCAAGUUUGCUUUGUAACAACAUCCUUUGGCAAAA